AUGGUAGGGGAUCUUAAGCUCCUCAUAGACUCCAACCCUAUUAACAAUGCCGUGCACAGAGACUCCAACCCUAUUAACAAUGCCGUGCACAGAGACUCCAACCCUAUUAACAAUGCCGUGCACAGAGACUCCAACCCUAUUAACAAUGCCGUGCACAGAGACUCCAACCCUAUUAACAAUGCCGUGCACAGAGACUCCAACCCUAUUAACAAUGCCGUGCACAGAGACUCCAACCCUAUUAACAAUGCCGUGCACAGAGACUCCAACCCUAUUAACAAUGCCGUGCACAGAGACUCCAACCCUAUUAACAAUGCCGUGCACAGAGACUCCAACCCUAUUAACAAUGCCGUGCACAGAGACCCCAACCCUAUUAACAAUGCCGUGCACAGAGACCCCAACUCUAUUAACAAUGCCGUGCACAGAGACCCCAACCCUAUUAACAAUGCCGUGCACAGAGACCCCAACCCUAUUAACAAUGCCGUGCACAGAGACCCCAACCCUAUUAACAAUGCCGUGCACAGAGACCCCAACCCUAUUAACAAUGCCGUGCACAGAGACUCCAACCCUAUUAACAAUGCCGUGCACAGAUACCCCAACCCUAUUAACAAUGCCGUGCACAGAGACCCCAACCCUAUUAACAAUGCCGUGCACAGAGACCCCAACCCUAUUAACAAUGCCGUGCACAGAGACCCCAACCCUAUUAACAAUGCCGUGCACAGAGACCCCAACCCUAUUAACAAUGCCGUGCACAGAGACCCCAACCCUAUUAACAAUGCCGUGCACAGAGACCCCAACCCUAUUAACAAUGCCGUGCACAGAGACCCCAACCCUAUUAACAAUGCCGUGCACAGAGACCCCAACCCUAUUAACAAUGCCGUGCACAGAGACUCCAACCCUAUUAACAAUGCCGUGCACAGAGACUCCAACCCUAUUAACAAUGCCGUGCACAGAGACUCCAACCCUAUUAACAAUGCCGUGCAAAGAGACUCCAACCCUAUUAACAAUGCCGUGCACAGAGACUCCAGCCCUAUUAACAAUGCCGUGCACAGAGACUCCAACCCUAUUAACAAUGCCGUGCACAGAGACCCCAACCCUAUUAACAAUGCCGUGCACAGAGACCCCAACCCUAUUAACAAUGCCGUGCACAGAGACCCCAACCCUAUUAACAAUGCCGUGCACAGAGACCCCAACCCUAUUAACAAUGCCGUGCACAGAGACUUCAACCCUAUUAACAAUGCCGUGCACAGAGACCCCAACCCUAUUAACAAUGCCGUGCACAGAGACCCCAACCCUAUUAACAAUGCCGUGCACAGAGACCCCAACCCUAUUAACAAUGCCGUGCACAGAGACCCCAACCCUAUUAACAAUGCCGUGCACAGAGACUCCAACCCUAUUAACAAUGUCGUGCGUAAACGAACCAAGAUUCUGCCUUGCAUUGUCAGAAAACCGGUGAUUGUGCCCUGGUACACAGUAUGA